GCUACAGCUGAUUCGGUCGCCAUCUUUGUCGCGAACAUAAACAACGCCAGGGAGUCGCAGGUUUGGUGCUCGGAUGUUCCGCCGCCGCUCGGAGGAAAACCACGACAGUCCGCCCGCCGCCGCGCCGCUCGCUUCCACCGGAGAUGACGGUUGACUUGGUGACCUGAGCCUCCGUGUCACAGUCGAGAUGGGGCUCCUCUGCGUGUUUGCUCGCCGGCAGGGAGCGGGGGUUUAAAGGGGCUCUGGGAGGGCAGCAGAGGGGCCUUUGCUGCUCGUCAGCCCUGAAGAGAUGGACCAAGAGUACGAGAGGCGGCUGCUGAGGCAAAUCAACCACCAGAACCUGCCCACAGAGGGCCGCCUGACCAAGUGUUUAAGUGCUACCUGUAGUCCUGUCAGUGUUAAGUCUGGGGACCGCUUCAUUCCCACCCGAGCUGGAAGCAACUGGAGCAUCAACUUCCACUAUGCCAAUGAGAACUGUCGCUCUCCCAGUCAGAACCAUAAAGCGAAGGAUGCCAGCUCAGAUUCAAGCAAAGAUGCUGUAGCGUAUGCAGCCCUGCUCAGGAACGAGCUGCUCGGGGCAGGAAUAGAGACAGUGCCGGACCCUCAUACAGACGACCGGCGGCAUGCAGUCCUCUCUCAAGACUCUCACAGCCUUUUUAGGUACACUGUCCACACUAAGAGAGUGCCUUUCGAUAGCGAUAAUGAAGUCUCCCCAUACUCCCUUUCUCCGCUUAGUAACAAGAGUCACAAGCUGCUCCGCUCCCCUCGCAAACCGGCCCGAAAGAUCUCCAAGAUCCCCUUCAAAGUGCUGGACGCUCCGGAGCUGCAGGACGACUUCUACCUCAACCUGGUAGACUGGUCAGCGGGCAACCUGCUCAGUGUCGGCCUGGGAGCCUGCGUCUACCUGUGGAGUGCCUGCACCAGCCAGGUGACAAGGUUAUGUGACCUUUCAGUGGAUGGAGACUCUGUUACAUCAGUUUGUUGGAAUGAGAGGGGAAGUCUGGUCGCUGUGGGAACACACAAGGGAUACGUUCAGAUCUGGGAUGCAGCAGGAGGGAGGAAGCUGACCAGUCUGGAGGGUCACUCAGCCCGAGUAGGUGCCCUGGCGUGGAAUGGGGAGCAGCUGUCGUCUGGAAGCCGGGACAGAGUGAUCCUACAGCGGGACGUCAGAACACCCCCCUCUGCUGAGAGGAGGCUGCAAGGUCACAGGCAGGAAGUUUGUGGUCUCAAAUGGUCUCCUGACCACCAGCACCUCGCCUCUGGAGGCAACGACAACAAGUUGUUGGUGUGGAACAGCUCCAGCCUGCUUCCUGUGCAGCAGUACAGCGACCACCUGGCAGCAGUGAAGGCCAUCGCCUGGUCUCCUCACCAACACGGGCUGCUGGCGUCAGGCGGCGGCACCGCGGAUCGCUGCCUGCGGUUCUGGAACACGCUGACGGGUCAAGCACUGCAGAGCACGGACACCGGCUCCCAGGUCUGCAACCUGGCCUGGUCCAAACACGCCAACGAACUGGUGAGCACCCAUGGCUACUCUCAGAACCAGAUUCUGGUGUGGAAGUAUCCAUCACUAACACAGGUGGCCAAGUUGACAGGACACUCCUACAGAGUCUUAUAUCUGGCCGUGUCCCCGGAUGGAGAGGCAAUUGUUACAGGAGCUGGAGAUGAGACACUACGUUUCUGGAACGUCUUUAGUAAGACACGCUGCACAAAGGAGUCCAAGUCAGUGCUGAACCUCUUCACAAGAAUACGAUAAUAAACAGCCGGGGACAGGACUGCUUUUGAGAAGAGCCUGCGGGGCUGCAGUUGAAAUGCACAGUGUCAAGAACACAACAACAGCACUCACGGACUAGUCUGUAGACCCCUCUGUCAGCGCACCAACCUUCACUGCGACACUUUUUUCUACAAAGGAUGCAGCCCAAACUUCCAAUGAACGACAACUGCCAUCCCUCAAAGUGAUGUCACUGAGUUAAAAAAGAACACAGAACAAAACAAAACAAGAAAUCUGAGGGCUGUACUAUGAAGCAGGAUUAGUGGGUUAGUGAGGUACGUUGAGCCUAAAGUCAAGAGUUUUCAGUGUCAUGAAGGUGGCUCUCUUUUAACCUGUUUGAUCACCGUGGUAACUGAUGCUGCACACAUCGGCUGUAUGAAGUGUCACCUUUAACCAGGUCUUUUCCUGACAAUUUUCUCUAUGUGUGAUGUAGAUUCUCAGACGAGGGGGGUAUGUUUUAUCGGCAAACCUGUUGAAUUGUACGUUAGUAAUCCCACUGAGUGAAGCUGUUCACUUGUACGCAACACGUUUCCACAGGAUCCAACAUGCAAUCAGUUGGUGAUGCAGAAAAUGCAGUUCUGUUUUUAUUUUUGGUCCUGAUUACUGUUUUACACUGCUGAUGCUGCAGCUAAUGGAACACAGAUUUGAAAAUCGAUCAGUCUGUUAGUAUUUGUAAUUGAGAAUAUUCAGUCAGUCACGUUAAUUUCUAAAAAACACUAAAGUGGUUUCCACAUAUUUUUCAUUAUAGGACAAUGUCAGACCUAAUUACACUUCUUGAAUAUCAUGAAUGAAGUUAAAAGAUUCGUAGCUGGGAUGUGUAGCUGUCACGUUGGGAAAAAUUGGUGAUAAAAUGAAUAUACUAACAUUUGUAAUUAUCAGUUUUCCACCAGAUUUCCUCUCUUAAAUCAUUUGCAAUAACUGGUUUUUCCUGCACUGGAUUUUUAUCUUCCUCAUAACCUGCUCCUCUUGACUGACGUAUCGGCACAGCAUCAGUUCUUUUUGUGUGGAAUAAGAGUCACAUGAAGCAUCUUUUUUUUUUUUUUAAAUGAGAGCACACAGAGUCUGAAAAAGAAAGUUGAUAAGAGCCGUCACGAUAUUUGUUAUCUCUGACUGUGGUUUUAGGUUUUGCGAAGCCAGCUAACCCAAACAAAGCCUGGCUGCGUUGAUCUUGCUUCAUACUACACCCCUCUGUUGUCACGACGAAUUUGUCCGCUUACAAAAGUUGGUCUUGUUCUCUUUUCUGUUGUGGAAGUGAUUAAGUUGUUUUAUUAUAUAUUAGCAGAAAUAUACAUGUACAAGAGUUCUAAGCUAUAUAACAUAAUGACGUAACAUUUUUAAAAGGCUCUCCUUUGUAACAGAGAGGAGAUGAAGCCUGGCUGGCGUAGGGGGGGGGGGUUUCUAUAUUUUGAUAAUGUGUGAAUAUGAUCUACAGGAGUAUGCAACAGAAGAGGAACAAUAAAUAAGUGAACAAACACACAGUUGCUCAUGCAGCUGCAACAACA